AGGCCCUGUCCAGACUUUCUCAGAAACGUACACGUACUGUUCAAAGCCUUCGUCCUCUAUACAUUCAGUCUUAAAUUAAACCAGAGGGCAAAGCAAUUCCCCCCCAUCCAUUGAGAUCUGAACUGGAUCCCUCUCUUCAAGAAAUGGCUCUUCUGGGUGACCCUGUCAGGCGCUUCUUCUGGAGCCCCACAAUCUUCCGCUCCUAUCCCAGCUCCACUGCCCCCAUGGACUGGCUCGAAUCCCCGACGUCCCACGUCUUCCUAUUCAACGUUCCAGGUUACGGCAAAGAAGAUAUAAAGGUGCAGGUGGAAGAUGGAAAUGUUUUGGUGAUAAGGGCCGAAAGAGGGAAGGAGGCGGCCCAGGGAAAAGACACAGUUUUCCACGUCGCGGAAAGAGGCGGAGCCGGUGGCGACUUUUUCCGGGAAAUAGAAUUGCCGGAAAAUGUGAAGGUGGAUCAGAUCAAAGCCCAGCUCGAGAGUGGGGUCCUCUCCAUUGUACUGCCCAAAGACUCCACGCCCAAGCCAUCCAAAGUGCGGAACAUCGCCAUUUCUAGCAAGCUUUGAGUUGAAUCUCUCUGCCUGCAGAGGUUCCAUGAAUAAGUUAUUAUGUGUGGUGUAAUAAAAUUGGGCUUUUUAUGAAGCCUAUUUACUGUAACUGAGCCCAGUUUUAAUAUGUUUUGUGAUGUUCGUUCAGGUAAUUUUACUGUUUGGGGAUGAUUUAUGCUGCCUUA